CCGGGCUGCAGUCCCAGUCCCGAGCUCGAGCUGGUUUAGGUUACCGCGCAGCCGCGCUCCCGUGCCUUUUUACCUCGGACCUCUCCGGCUGCGUUCUCCAGCUCGCUCCCGCGCAGCACAAGAGUGAUCCUGCCCCGCAGGUCCCGUCCCGCGUGGUGCAGCUCGGGCUGGAGCGGCGAUGCGCCUCAUUCAGAACAUGUGCACCAUCGCCGAGUACCCCGCCCCGGGCAGCGCCGCGGCUGCCGCCGACUGCUGCCUGGGGGCGGCGGGGCGCCGCCUGGUCAAGAUCGCCGUGGUGGGGGCCAGUGGCGUGGGCAAGACCGCUCUGGUGGUCCGGUUCCUCACCAAACGAUUCAUUGGUGACUAUGAAAGAAACGCAGGUAAUCUCUAUACCAGACAAGUGCAAGUAGAAGGUGAAACCCUGGCUAUACAGGUUCAAGACACGCCAGGUGUUCAGGUCCGCGAGAAUGGCCUGAGCUGCGGCGAACCGCUGAACCGGUGCAUUCGCUGGGCCGACGCCGUGGUGAUCGUGUUCUCCGUCACCGACUACCAGAGCUACGAACUCAUCGGCCAGCUCCACCAGCAUGUCCAGCAGCUGCACCUGGGCAGCCGGCUGCCGGUGGUGGUCGUGGCCAACAAAGCGGACCUGCUGCACGUGAAGCAGGUUGACCCGCAGCUGGGACUGCAGCUGGCCAGCAUGCUGGGCUGCUCGUUCUACGAAGUGUCCGUCAGCGAAAACUACAACGACGUCUACAACGCCUUCCACGUCCUGUGCAAGGAGGUGAGCCACAAACAGCAGCCCAGCGGCACGCCGGAGAAGCGGAGAACCUCCCUCAUCCCCAGGCCCAAGUCCCCCAACAUGCAGGACCUGAAGAGGAGGUUCAAGCAAGCCCUGUCGGCCAAAGUGAGGACGGUCACUUCCGUCUGAAGCGGGGACACCCACGGGGGGGUUUGGUCUUCCCAGGAAGGGGGCCCGAGGUUCUUCCCGGGCAGGAACGUUGAAUGGUGGCAGGAAUUCAUGGUUCCAGAAAGGGCCGGAGCCGAGGGGCCAGGAGGGCCUGUGGAACUGCUGCAGAGAAGGAUGUGUUCUGAGCAGGGGGACAGAACUGAGGCUGGAGAGCCGGCCCACUGGCUGAGCCGCUCUGGAUGCGUGACCUGGACUUGGCGUCUUUUCCUCUGGAGUGGGCAGGGCGGCAGAAUCGCUCGGGAUUUUGUUCCUUCCCUUGUAAAUGACAGUCAGUUGUAGUAGUUUCAGCAGCUCGGUGGGUGUGGUUGACAGCGGGAACGAAAGAAAGAUCGGAUUAAGCACCCACAGGCUGUCCCCUUUUUCUCUCUCUCUCUUUUCCCCUUUCUCCCCCCAAGAGGAAAAAUUGCUUUUUCUCUUACAUGUCUGAUUUGCAUCUCCGGAACACUAGUCCUGACAGAAUGCCUUUCUAACCUGAAGGAUACCCAGAUUUCUUCUUUAAGGAACAGGGACGAAAGUACUCCCCCCCCACCCCCCAAUGGAGGGUGGGGUUUAUGGGCCAGACGUUCUGUAGCUGGAUGGACAUCUGUAGGCUUCUGGGGCCUGACCCAGGCUGAGUAUGCUUAGUCGAGCAUGUGUUAAAGGGUUGAGAACUCAAACUCUUCAGCCCCAGACUUUGAAUAAUUGUGAGACUAUAAUUUUUUUUUUCACUGUUGCAUCAGGUACAGAAAAAAAAGAUGUGUUCAUUGACUUUGGUGUGAUUUGUGUAAAUGGCUCACAGCAAUGACGUCGGGUCGUUUCCUCGGCCUGGCUGAGUCGUGGCUUCAAUACGAAAACCCUGUCUGACAGCGAGCAAACAGGUACGGGGUGGCCGCCAAAUCCCCGACACAGAUGCACUUUAAAAAGCCACUCAUGCUUUGGCUUAAACUGUAAUUAAUUUAUUUUAUGUACAAUAAACCUCAUUUUAAAAGAGCA